CGACCAGUUGAUAACUAUGACAGAAGUUGCUCCUUUCGUCUUCUUCUACAUCAAAUGUGUAUUUGAAUUACAUUGGCUCAAUAAUCAAGUGAAUAUUGCUCAUCAACAUCAAGCAAACUUAAAUAAUACUAAACUAGAUGAAUAAUUGCUUGCUGUUAUCCAGUAAUUAAUUAAGAAGACAUUUUAUCAAAACCUAUCUUAAGUCAGGUACGUAUCAUUGUUGUCAUCCCAGUGAGAUGAAUAAUCAGUGUUAUUUUUGGACUAUUUUCCAACGUAAUAAUCUAAUCAUUUUUAAGAAUCUCCAGGGAGCUAGGAUUUUCUAUCCCUCAUAGAGGUUUUUCAUCUACCCAAUUUCCUACAUUGCCAGGUUGAAGAUGACAGUUGGUUUAUUUGUGUCUAAUUUUUUACAAUAAUCUUAUAACACUUGUGACUCCAAAAAAUCUAUUAUGUGAUUAUCAAGCUACCAAGUGUCAAUUAUAGAGGUAAACAUCGAAAAAAAUUCAAAGUCCCUGUAUUAAUAAUGGAUCCUCAGUUGAAUAAUUAAGUGUCAAAAAAAUCCAAAACCAUCAUGGGAUCAUUGCCAAAUUUACAUGAAUUAUCAAAAGGGAGACUCGACAGUUCGUUGUAUCGACCUACACCAACAAGUAAUAUCACCCAAACAAAAUUGCCUCCUCAUCCAACACCGUUGGCACAGACCAACAGACGUGUUAGAAGCACUACCCAUCAUCAUGCACUGUGGGAUGACACCAUGCUAGAGCACAUGAUGACAUAUUCACCAAUCUCUUGUCAAUCAGCAAGAGCAUCAACAUUGUCAUGUCGUCGAAGAGAAUCAAUGACAUCCUCAGCUGGGACAUCAUCAGUUAGGAAAUUGAUAGCAGCAGUCAGAGCUACACCAUCAGGGCCAAGACUACCAAAGAAAGUUAUUGCUAAACAUUGUGCAGUGCUUUUUUUCGGUCACAUGAUCAUCUCUGCAGUAAUACUGCCCAUCAUGCCACUUCAGGCCGGAUUUGGAGCCUUCAAUCCAAGCCUAGGGCCACUUUUAUUAACACUUUUAUAUGCCGUAGCUACUUUAACUUCUUGCUUUUCUCCAAUGAUCAUUCAGAAAUUUGGAAUUAAUCUUGUUAUUAGUUUAAGUCAUUUAAUCACCACUAUCUUUAUCAGCACACAUUUAUUCCCUAAAUGGUAUAUUUUAUUACCAAGUUAUGCAUUGCUUGGCAUCACCAUCAGUCCAAGUUUUGUAGCUAGGAUAUUACAUAUUGAUAUCUGUGCUGCUAAUCUCAGUAUUAUCAGUCCUGAUUCAGAAGAUUCGGAUGAAAGUAGACGUGAAUGUCUGCUGAGGAGACUUAACAGGGCUAUGAAACUUGCUGAAGAUCUUGGCUUGGCAAUUGGUUGUUUAAUAGCAACGUUAAUUAUCACAAUCAUCAAUCCAGUGCCACUAAGUCCAAUUGAAAGUGAUGUACAGUAUACUUGUGGUGCUAAAUAUUGUCCUCAAGAGACCUUUUUAUACAAUGAAACAUUAUUUAUGCCUUCAAUCACUAGUGAAACGACUAAAUUACUACUAAGUGUCUUAUUGGGACUUUGUUUGCUAGCUUUUGGAAUUUCAUGCACAUUCUUGGACUCAAGAAUUAAAAAAUCACAAACACUUGGUGAUGGAUCACGGAAAAUAGCUCAUUUAAAAUCAAUUAAAGCAAGCUUCCAGGAUCCAAAACUUCAAUUAGCUGCACCAUUGACACUAUUUAUCGGUCUGGAGCAGGGGUUUAUUUUCUGUGAUUUUACUGAAGCUUUUGUUGGGUGUGCACUUGGUAAUGCUGGCACUAUCACCACGUGCUUCCUUAGCUUUGCAUUAUUACAGGCAUUGGCUGGGGUCACAUUAUCAAUGCUUAUCAGACACAUCCGACGUUAUCUAGUUGUUGCUGUGGGUUUUGCAUUUCAUGCUUGUUUACUUCUAACUCUAAUCACCUGGAAGCCAGCUAUUGAUGAUCCAGCAUUGUUCAAUGUCAUUUCUGCUGCCUGGGGUGUCUGUAAUGCCAUCUGGGAAGCUCUCAUUCUAACAUUAUUGCUGGGCUUAUAUCCUUGUACUUGGCAAGGACCACUGUCAACAUCAAUAUUCUGGAAAUGUCUUGGAAUAUUUCUUGCCCUUGGACUCCACGGACUCGUGUGUACACGAUUCCGAGUAUUUGGUCUCGCUGGAAUGCUUGUAUUAUCAGCAAUCCCAUACGCUUGGCUUGAAAUACGCUUAUCAAAACGUGUCAAGUGUUUAGCACCUUUGUGAUUUGAACAUUCCAAUGAAAAAUGGUGUAAAGGAUAUUAUAAAGUAAAAAAAGAAUGAGUGAGAUAUGUUCCAUCUAGCUUAAUAUGACAAAGACUACCGCAUUCUUCUUUUCAUCACCAUUCUACUACUAAAAGAAAUGUUCAUAAUGUUAUCACACAUUCAGCGAGCAUUCAUAACUGUGAAACGUCAUUCAAUAAUUUUUAAUCAUCAAGAGAAAGGAUUAUUGAAGCUAGAUGGAACAAGUUAUUAUGUUAAUACAAAUAAAUAUAUAAGUCAAAAAGUAAGUAGUAAUAGAUAACUUUCUUUUAUAUAUUUUAUAUAUAAAUAUUAAAUAAGAUUCUAAAUAAUAUAACUAUCUUUCUUCCAAUAAUGUUAAUUCAUUUUUAAAGUAAGCAGUUAUUUAAAAAUUUCAUACUACUCAAAGCUUUUACCACUGCCCAGUCUCUGUAACCGUUGUCUUGUUGAAAUAAAAUAUUUCUAAUAAUUCAAUUAAUAUCAUAAAAUAAAAUAAUAUUAACUCCUGACAGACAAACAGGAUGAAAAGUACCCACCCCAAAUUCGUUUCGACUCCAAUGUUAUUUUUAUCUAUCUCAAUUUAAAUUAAUCACUUCAAUAAUAUAUCUGUCUGAUGCAGAAUUGUUUGAACUUCAAUUUGAAAGAAAAACAUUUUUUUUUUAGCUACAUUAAAGUCGAGAUAUUAGAAUUUAUAUGGUACUAGGUACUUUUUACCCUCAUUACCUAGAGAGGAAGUCUGUUAAGGAUUUAUGAUCCAGGAAAAAAAUGAUCAGGACCAAUCAGAUUUGUAUAUUGGUUGGAUCUAAUUAGAUUUGAUGGAUUAGAUCUGCAUAGAUUUGAUGAGAAUAUAUUUUAUCUGAUCAUUUUGUUGAUCAAAUCUGACCAGAUUUAAUCAGAUUUUCUUAGAUCUAAAUAUUGGCUAGAUCCAAUUAGAUCUGAUCAUUUUUUCCGAGAAUAGUUACUUAUAUUAAAAACUCAAAAAAAAUUGUAUAAAUGUAUAAAAGUCCAAUUUUUUUUUAUUACACUCAAUACUUCAACAAUUAAAAAAAUGUAUCAGCACAUAUCAAUAUACACUAGAGCAACAGAAAAAAGAAUAAGAAUAAUAAUA